CCAUCACAUACACUCGCUGUGUGCUGCUGGAUCACUCGUCAAUCGACAUCGACCGCUAGUUCCCCCUCUUGGAAAUCGAAAAAUUAAAUUCAACAUAUACUCCGACUCCCACACACCUCGCGUGGCUCUCAAAGUGCAGUACAGCAGAUCGAACACGACUUGCCUCUGGUACUUUCACAUCUUUGGAUUUCCCGGACCUCCCUCACAACCGCGCAUACCUUCGCCACAAUGGACACUCCAGAGUCUGUGAUUGCGGAUGAUGGCUGCAGACUGCCUCCUUUUGAGGAGGCGUUUGCCCAGCCGUCCCGUGGUCAAGAAACGAAGCCCAUUGCCCACACCGACUCGCACAUUGCCUCUUUUUCGACAAAAUGUGCGAUGAGGUCAAUCCCCAUCGCGAGCUCACUUAAUAUCGCUGCUCCAGAAUUUUCCCCAGUUAAGCCCGCCCUUGGGCUCCUAAAGGAACAGGGCUGCCUUCCCCCAGCCCGGCAAUCCGUACUCUCAGACCUGUUUCCCCGCAAAGAGGAUUUUGUUGAGAGCUUAGUAGAAAUCGCUGCGAAAAUCGUCGAAGCACCAUCGAGACAACUCUCAUGUGCCGAGAAUGCCAGCAAACGACUGGUUCCCAUGAAGCUUUUCAUCAGCGAGCUCCUCAAGCGCUCCCGAACCUCGUUCUCCACCCUCCAGCUCACGCUCCUCUACUACGUGCGUUUCAAGCAAAACGUUGCGUCCCACACCUCCGCCGCCAAAUCAUGCCCAACCUCCUGCGCCCGCAGGAUGUUCCUCAGCGCCCUCAUCACCGCCAGCAAAUAUCUCCAAGACCGUAACUAUAGCAACCGGGCGUGGAGCAAGCUUUGUGGCUUACCCGCGACCGAGCUGACGAAGAACGAGUCGAGUUUCUUGGAUGUUAUCAAGUGGAACCUGUUUGUUUCAAAGUCGUGCUUUGCGAAAUGGAGCACGAUGCUGAUGACCGCAUCUGCGCAUCUGGCUAGUACCAAGCAGCAAAAGGGCGUUGUCGUCGGGGGCGCUGGUGCCGGUGUCUCCGGAUCCGCCGUAUUACCCAUCCACGCCUCUUUACCCCGCCCGCAGAACGUGCACGUUAACGUCAACGUCAGCAAACUGCACCCUGCCGCUGCCGCUCCUCGUCUGCGGAUUUCCCAAUCAUGGAGAUUUCCAGCCGACACAGGCGACGCACCCCUGACUCCGCCCGUAGACGAACCUUUCUGCGGGAAAAUGGCGCCCUGGGCUCCCCUUGAGGACGCCCAAGCCACGGCGACGGCGGUCGCGUCGUACCUGCCAUCACCGGACAUGGCGCCUAUCGCGGACAAGAAACGGUCCGCUGACCAUUUCGAGCCAAUUCAUACCCUGCCGGUGAAGCGAGUGGCGAACUAUUUGGGUUACGCGCGGGCUUGAUGGAAGGAGGUCAUUGUUUGACUUCCAUGCUGAUGUG